GGACAGUCUGGAUGCGAUGGAUUUGAGUUUGGACGUUACACUUGUGAACUGAAAGAUGAGGACGGUGUAAAAGCAUCAUUGAUAAUAUGAGAUUACACAGCAGCACACUCCAAACACACGUAUGGAUACUAGGAGUCAAAGCGCUGGAGAUCAUCCCAUGGCAAACAGCACCUAUGUGAAGAUGUUUGCGGCGCUCUUUGGAGUGAUUUUGGCUAAUGCAGUGAUUAUGGGUACAUGUGAACCAACUCAAUCAUGGUCAGACAGGGCAGAAAGAGACAUUUUGGAUGUGCCAGACUCGAACCUUCUGCUCCAGAACGAUGCCGUGUACCUGCUUGUGAACACGUCGUUCAGCUUCAAACAAGCUUCGCAUUACUGCCAUGGUCAGACGGGAGCCCUCACAACCUCAGGGGUCAAAGAGGACGAGGAGGGAGCCCAGCAGUUACUCCUCAGAUCCAACCUCAAGAGCCCCGUCUGGUUCAGAACCAGCAGAAGCCAGAACCCCACAGCCCGUCUUUCCCAACACAAAACGGUCUUCCCAGGCUUAUCUUUCAAGUCUAAGGACGGCUAUGCCCGAGUGAACGCGUCUUUCCCGUCCCUGUCCGCGGUGAGCAUUUGCGUGCGCGUGCAGUGGGACCCGCGGGACGAGAACGUGUCCACGGUGUUCUCGUACGCCACGCGCUCUGUCAUCAACGAGUUCCAGCUGCGCGGAAAACACGCCGACAGAAAGCUCCGCCUAGCGCUUGUCAUUCAAGGACAACAUCAUCCCUACAAAGCCGAGCUGCCCAUUGAUGAAGACUGGCACCAUGUUUGCGUCACGUGGCGCUCAAAAGAUAGAUUUUGGGCGAUUUAUGUGGACGGAAGAACGGGAGAUUCUGGGCAUGGGAACGCACGGGAAAAGGCGAAAGAUAUCUACGGAGACGGGAUAUUUAUAUUAGGGCAAGACCAGGAUACCUUUGGUGGAACUUUUACGGAGCCGUUUUUUGGAAACUUGACUGACCUGAACAUUUGGGGUGAAGCUCUGGAGUUAAAACAGGUGCAGGCGCUGAACACCUGCUCAGAGCUGACCAAUCACAGAGCUUUAUUCCGAUGGCGGGACCGGAGCCUCAGCCCUGUCCAUCACUCUGUCCAGAAUGUGUCUGCAACACUCAACUGUCCAGGGUCCCUGAAGACGGCGCAGAGACGGGAAGAGGAAUGUGAGGUCUUUAAUGGCCGGCCUGACGGUCAGCCUCAGUACAACCUUGCCGUCUGCACACACACAUUCCCUUUCAUCUGCAGAAGCAACAAAGAACACUACCUGAAGAUGAAGGAACUGAGAGAAUCUCUGAGGUCCAACCCGAGCCACUUCAUGCAGGAUCUCAUGCAGUUCGGGAUGACUGCAGACGAUGUGUUCUCUGAUGCCGUGGACGGGCAGAGCUGGUCUUCGGUGUCCCGUCUGUUAAACGCCUCUGAGCGCGCGGUUCUGAAGGAGCAUGAGCCGCUGGAGGACAGAGAUAUGGUUUCUCUGAUGCACGUUCUCUCUCGGGCCGCUGAUCUUCCCAGCACAGCAAACCAGAGCCGGCGAGACGCUGAGAGACUCGGCCAGAGCUUCAUCACCAUCGCAGACUCGCUCCUUAGCCAACAGGAGGCCAGUAAAUGGCACAGCAUCAAAGAGGUAGUGAAGGGGCCGAUGUCUGUCAUCCAGACUGUAGACCGUAUGCUAAACAACCUAAACUCUCUGCUGAUGGAUGACACAGACAGCGUGCAGAUACACAGCCACAAUAUCAAGGUGCAGGUCCAGCAGCAGCUUCUGUCGGACGCGUCUCACACUCCUCCGUUCUGUGGCUCGGAUGCGGGACAUCGAGACUGCAUCUCUGUCGCCGCUAAAAACAUGAAGGAACUUCAUAACAAUGACUUCAGAAAGGUGACUUUAUUGAACACAUGGUACAGCUCUGUGAACUGUCUCUCAGAGAGAGAGGAAAACAUCAGCCUUUCUCCCAUAGUCAGUGAUGGAUCGCAGAGGUAUGUGGGAACCGUCUUGGGCUCGUCGGUCAUCUCCAGUUCAGUGCUGGCGGACGGACUGCCGGUCAGCGUGGCCAUACACUUCACACUCCAGCACAGGGUUCAGAACAGUACAGUGAAAUUGAUCCCUGUCUGUGCAUUUUGGGAUUUUGACCUGAUGUUAGAGAGGGGUGGCUGGUCAACCAAGGGCUGCGCCGUGAUUUCCUCACAGAAUAACUUCACUUCUUGUUACUGUAACCACACCACCAACUUCGCCUUGCUGUUACAGAUCUACGAGGUUCAGAGAAGCGUUGAACACGAGACGGCUCUGCAGAUCCUCAGUUUGAUUGGCUCUGGUGUGUCUCUCUGUGGUCUCCUCUUCACACUCAUCCUCUUUGUGGCUGUUGGCGUCCCCAAGUCAGAUCGCACUACGGUGCACAAGAACCUGAUCGCGGCUCUGACCGUCGCCCAGUUUCUCCUGAUCUUCAGCGACUGGGCUGCGGGAAACCAGGAGGCCUGUUGGGUGGUGACGGCCCUCCUCCAUCUGUUCUUCCUGUCGUCGUUCUGCUGGAUGCUGGUGGAGGGUUUGCUGCUCUGGAGUAAAGUGGUCUCUGUGAACAUCAGCGAGGAGAGGAGAAUGAAGCUCUACUAUGUGCUGGGCUGGGGGCUGCCGGUUGUGAUCGUCGCUGUAACCUUGGUGGCCACUUUGGACCAGUACAGAGCUCAGCAAUACUGCUGGCUGAACCUCCAGUCCAAUGUGAUUUGGGCUUUUGCUGGGCCUGUGCUCUUCGUUUUGGCCGUCAACGCCGUGGUGCUUUUUCGUGUUGUUAUGGUUACAGUGGCCAGUGCCCGUCGCAGAGCCAAAAUGUUGACGCCCAGUUCUGAUUCGAAGCUUCACAUGCUGGAUCUUACCUGGGCAGCGACGCGACCGGUGUUGAUCUUGUUACCAGUGUUAGGCCUGACCUGGCUGUGUGGCGUGCUGGUGCACCUGUCUGAUGUGGUGGCCUAUCUGUUCAUCACACUCAAUGCCUUUCAGGGACAAAGCAUGCAGUCUUUAUGA